ACUAUCAGUUUUGUCAUUGUCUAGAUAGCAAAGGAACGCCAGACAAUAGCGCUACGACCAUUAUUUGUGAGGGGGAGAGGCACGGCGCAUCACUACAACUCGACAAAUAUGAAUAUGGUGAAAGCACCGAUUAUAAAGAGUGUUCUAAUGGUUGUUUCAACAACUGCAGUUGGAGGCGCGAUUGCCAGAGUGUAGGGGCAACAGGAAGCGAUUCCAGUUGCCGCGGGAAAUGUCCUUUCUAAAUUAUAUGGUACCUAGACGAUGAGCAUUUGGCAGCAAGUCACACUGAAUCACAUGCUAUUUCACAAAUUCCCAGGAAGUAAUGGGUGUUGCGUUUUGAGGUCCAGUAGUAACCCUGCUGCAGCCAGCGCUGCUCACCUCACCGCCCAUAAAAAUGCUGUAUACUGUGUAAUCGGACAUGACCGCAGCUCUGGAGAUAGGAUAAAUCAUAAAUCAUACAGGACUCAGACUGUGUGCGGAUCGAUUCCUGUGUGCCAAUUGUCGGGAUGCUCAGAUGCUGCCAGUAAAACCUCAUACAAAAGCUUUUCGCUAAAAUGCCUCAUGCGUGAAAUCAGUGUGGAUCGGCUUGCCUGCAAGUUUCGCGAAACAUGCUUCUUCCCCAGCCCAGCCCAGCCCACCUCCGCCUCAGGGCGCUCGCCGCUCAGCCUUGCAGCUGCAGAACAAAGCUCUGGUGGCUGGAGAUUGGACACCCUGGAAAGAACGAGUGGGCUAUGGGUUGCAACUCGGGAUCCGCGAUUGCGUCGUGUUACCUUGCGGCCCUUGUCCUUUGUCCCAGAUAUUGAACACCAUCUCCGAAGCGUCAACAGAUCGUUUGCGCCCCACUUGGGAGCGCAUCCAGAGAUUCCAGACGGACUCGUCUCAUCUCGUCUCGUCUCGUCUCGUCCCGUCUCUCGUCCAAGGUGAUCGCGAUCGUUGCGCCUUAUCCGUACGGAACAGCCAUCGCAGCGACAGUGCGCAGCCGGAACACUACAAGUACGGGAGACGCUGCGCGGCCGUUGCGAGGAGCGAGGAGUCAGGAGCGAGGAACUAACCCCGAGACAGCCUGGGUUCUAAACUUCUAUCGACUUCUCUUAUCGCGCUCAGCGUCAUCAUUGCUUCCACUGUUGACCCGUCCAAAUUUCGGUUCCGCCCCACGACCUCGACCUCGACCACGACCAUCUGUGAACU